UUAAGAAUAUUGCACCAUCAUGGCGAAACGUGUAGUGAAAGCUCGAGAGAAAGAGAUGCAUCAUUCUGCCGUGUUGCUGUCUAGUGAAGUGAGGGAGCGGCUAGAAACAGUCUCAGAGAACGUGUCACUUGUCAUUAAGCAAAUAAAAAAUAAUUCAAAAGGAUUUGCACAUGCAGCCCUCUCACUUGGUGAAUUUCAUUCUAAUCUCAGAUCUAAUGUUUCCAGCCUUUCUGAUGCCUGUACGAAACUGUCAAUGCUCUUUUCAUCUCCCCAGACUCCUCCUAGCCUAAAUGAAACUGGCAUUAUUUGUUUGAUGGUUGAGAAUGCAACACUCUGCCUUACAUCAACUUGUUGUCAAUGCAAGGUUGAGUGGGGUAAGUGUCAUUAUAAUGAUGUCCAGAGGCUUGUAGUUGAUAUUCUUGAAGGAGUGUCGAGUUUCAUUGAAAUAUUGAUGAGAGAUGGUUGCAAAUCUGAUUGCCAGAAACGUUUGCAAGGGACAGGCUCAGUAUGGGAGCACUGUGACAGAAUAUUAAAACUUCCUACUGACAAUAAGUCAUCGGUUUUAAGACACUGCUUUGCACAGUUGCAGUUACUAAGAGAUGCUGACAAUGAAAUUGAGGAAUUAGUAGAAGCAAAUGGCAGUAGUGGUAUAACUACUGAUGACAUAGGAAUGGGAUUGGAAGAACUUUCUAUUAAUGAUGAUGAUGAAGAGAAUCCUGACCAAUGGAGUGAGGCUGACAAAGCAAUAGUCACACCUUCUAUCGAACUAAUUAAAUUAUCAUCAGUUUUGACUGAUAAAAUCUGCCAUGGAAUAUUACAACAAAAUGACACACUAGAGUGUUGUUAUAUUGAACAUUUAGACAUUCUUAUCGACUUGGUGGAGCUGCUAAGUCCACUUGUUGAUGAUUUGGCAUCAAAUUUAGAAGCACCAAUUGAUCAUCAGUCACUUGAAGAUGAUGGAAAAUCGCUUCAGAGAGUCCUGCUCAAAAUAAUCAUACACACCAAGAGCUGUGGUUUUUAUAAACAAAUGACUGACGUUUUGAAAGAGUAUGAAGCUAAAAUCAAUUCAAUCAAUCUGUAAAA